AUGAGCUCUCAACCUUAUGUUCCCAGCGGCCCCAGCCACAUCAACUACUACAAGGGCGGCUGGCAAAUCGGACAAAAAGCACGCGUCGGGCAGCACAAGAAGGAGGCCAUCUCCAUGGCGCGCAUCCACAACAACCGCCCAGGCCGUCUCCGGAUGGAAAUCUACGGCGGGCCAACGAAGAAGGACAAGAAGAUCGCAAUGGUCGAGACGGUCCCGUUCAAGAAGCAGGGUGCAUUGAAGUGGCUCCGCUUCCUCGGCGUCCGCACGGGCGCGGAGCGGAUCGAGAUCCGCGGCCGCCAGUUCCGCUUCACCGUGCCCGUGGGCCACGGCGGCCAGAGCAGGCUCGAGACGUUCGAGUGGCGGUGGAGCGACGGCGGCGAGGUGGGCCACUACACGAAGCGGAUCCCAGAGACCAACGGCCGCGGGUGGAAGCUGCUGCGGCUCGACACCGAGGGCCAGGACGGCAGCCGGGACCAGAAGGAGUGCGUCGGCGCGUUCUCGCAGACGGGCAAGUUCGGCUCCAAGUCGAACAGGUACCAGCUCUUCAACUCCGGGGCUGAGGGGAAGCUGUGCGAGCGGUUCGAGCUCUACGCUUACCUUACCUUCCUGGUGAUCCUGGACCAGGAGUCGCGCGAGGCUGCGAAACGGGCGGCCGACAGGCAGGCUAGGAUGAACCAGAGGAACAGGCAGAUGAACAGGCGAUAG